UGUGCGCUACUGAGUACACAUCACAUCACAUCUCCGCGGAACGGCGCGCGGCUCGAGCGCAGAGUGAAACGACUCGGCACCGCGGACGGUGUGACGACUGCAAAUACCGACAAGCGCUGGACGUGAAGCUGCAGACGCGUCGCGAGUUGAGGAGACGCGCUCUGGCGUUCGCGCACCGCUAGACCAGGCGGGAGGGACUGCGUUUAACUUUAAGCCCAGAGGAGCGUUAUGAACCCGCUCAUUCGCCUCAUUGCUGCACUACUACUAGUACUACUGGUAUCGCUGAGAUCUCGCGCGGAGCCCCGUCCCGUGUCACGAGUCACUGUCAGUCAUGUAGCUCGUGGGAUCGGCGUUUGACGAGGCGAGACGAGGCGAGGCGAGGCGAGUCAAGUUGCGAAGCGCGCUGGAGAGAGAGGCUCCCGGUCCCGCCCGCGGCUGCAGGAGCAGGUCACCAUGGGGGGCAACCUGGGCUGCCACCGGCGCAUUCCCAGAGAUGCGGCGGCGACGCGAAAGUUGAGCGCGGCCUGCAGCUUCGGCCACGUCACGGUGAAGCAGCAGAGGGUGAACAUCAACUCGGCCACCGAGGAGGAGCUCAUGACCCUGCCGGGGGUGAACCGCGCCGUGGCGCGCAGCAUCGUGCAGUACCGCGAGCGCAUCGGCGGCUUCCGCAAGGUGGAGGACCUGGCGCUGGUGAGCGGGGUGGGCGCCGCCAAGCUCGCGCUCGUCAGGAUGGAGAUCUGCGUGAGCUGCAGCAGCAGGAGGAGCGGCGGCGGCUCGUGCCGGCGCGCUGCUCCCGCGGCCGCCCGGGGCGACGGAGUGAACGUCAACACGGCCACGGCGGCGCAGCUGCUCAGCAUCCGCGGCGUCACCGAGAAGAUGGCCGAGAACAUCGUGCAGUACCGCCGCGAGCACGGGCCCUUCCGCAGCGUGGAGGACCUCGUGCGCGUCAAGCGCGUCAACUCCUCGUUGCUGGAGAAGAUCCGCUUGCAGGUGUUCGUGGAGCGCCCCGAGGACACCCCCUCCGACCCCUCCGGCCUCUCCACCUCCACCUUCUCCUCCACCCCCGCCGACGCGCUCACGUGCACGAGCCGCCGGUCCCGGGCCAGCCCCACGUCUGUGAGCCUGCGAAGCGACGAGGAGGUGCUGGUGGUGGUGGACCUCCCAGCCGGGGGACCCACGGAGCUGACGUGGAGCCGUCCGGCGCGCGUGCAGCCCUUCCGCGGGCUGCGCGAGGGCAGAGCGGUGCUGCGCGUGGCCACGUGGAGCCUGCAGCGCUGCUCGAGCGAGAAGGCGAAGAACCCGGGGGUCAGAGAGGUGGUGUGCAUGAGCGUCCUGGAGAACGGCAUCAAGCUUCUAGCCGUUCAGGACCUGGCAGACAGAGAGGCGCUGGAAAAGUUCUGCGCAGAGCUCAACCAGGGCACCCUGCCCAGUGUCCGGGCGUGGAAAGGCCCUCGAGGGGCGUGGAGGUGUGCGGUCUCCGAAAAGCCUGCGAGGCACUGCCACAAGACCUCAGAGUUUUGCGGCUUCCUAUGGGACAGCAGCUCUGGGAUUGAGCUGAAGGACGCAACCCUCAUGGAGAAUGUAUUUGUCAAUGGCAACGGGGGUCACGCCUAUCCCCGGCCAUACCUCGCUCAUUUCAGUGUCGGGUUGUCCAAGCUGACCGUUGUGAAUGUUCGGUUGAAAGUUCCGAUCUCAGGUGGAGAAACAAACGGGAAGAUGCACUUAGAAAAUCACAAGACUCUGCGAUUUACUGACAGUAUGCAGGAAAUAUUGAAAGUGGUCAAACGAAGACCCCACGACCCGGUGGUGGUAAGAGUGUGUUCUUCUACAGGGGAGAAGGAGCUCCUGGUGCUGGGGGACUUUGGACUUCCCCCAGACAGCAAACAGCUGGACCUCCUGAAGAAGGAGAAGUUCAGCCCACUGAUACCAUCGUCCGUCUUCACCAACAUCAGCACCAAGGCCCCUCAGGGCUCCCAUUGCAUGGACAACAUGUGGCUCAGCCGCUCGCUCAAGAAGGUCUACACAGGCCACUAUCAGGUGCUGAGGGAGGGAUUGACGAGCCCCUGGAUCCCAGAUAACUGGUCGUGGGGCGGAGUGGCGUCGGACCACUGCCCCGUCCUCGCCGACUUCUACACCCAUGUGCUCCAGAAGGACGCGACGCAGAAUGGGUGCGGGGUGCCGGCGGUGGAGCGGGACGAAGGCAUGUUCAAACGCGAGCGCUGACGUCCACGCGCGCCCCGGAAAGCCUCCCUCGCUGACAGCAAAUGACAUUACAGGGGAUCCUCUUUUAUAUCCAGGCUCUUCUUGGGCAGAGAGAACUUUUACCGACUAAUGUGAACAGCACCAGGAUUGCCUUUUUAUUUCCGUCUUCCAUGUACAGUACAGAUGCUUUUAUUAUAAUAACUAACAGGCUUAUAUGAUUUAUAUUAAUGUGCCAAAACUUUGAAAGUUGUGUAAAAUAAAGUGAUAUUAAGGAAACAGGGUUUUUUUUUUUUUUCCC